GCACCGGCGCGUCCCCCCCAGCCGCCGCAACCCCGCUCCCACCCCUGCACCGUGGGGACCCCCCUCCGCCUCCCCCUCCCCAGCGCCAUGUGGGUGCUCGGCCUCGGCCUCGUGGCCCUGAGCUGUGCCACCACGGUGCUGUGCGUGGCCGGAGCCCAGCGCCGGGCGCUGGAUGCGGGCGGCCGCCGCCGUUACCACCGGGUGCAGCACGGCCACUGCAGUUACACCUUCGUGCUGCCCGAGGCCGACCCGCCGCCCUGCCCUCCCGUUGCCCCCCUUGCCCCCGUCGUCGCCCCCGGUCCCGCCAACGCGCUGUUGCAGCGGGACUCGCCGCUCGGCACCUCGCACGCCGGCCACGGGGCCGCCCAGCGCCUGCAGCACCUCGAGAGGAUCCUGGAGAACAGCACCCGGUGGCUGCUGAAGCUGGAGAGCUACAUCCAGACGAGCAUGAAGCCGGAGAUGGCGCAGCUGCGGCAGACGGCGGUGCAGAACCAAACUGCCACCAUGCUGGAGAUCAGCAGCACCCUCCUCAACCAGAGCGCCGAGCAGAGCCGCAAGCUCACCGACGUGGAGGCCCAGGUGCUGAACCAGACGUCGCGCAUCGAGAUGCAGCUGCAGGAGAACUCCCUGUCUACCACCAAGCUGGAGAAGCAGCUGCUGCUGCAGACGAACGAGAUCCACAAGCUGCAGAACAGGAACAACAUCCUGGAGGUGCGGGUGCUGGAGAUGGAGACGAAGCACCAGGCAGAGCUGGCGGGGGCCCGCUCGGAGAAGGAGAAGCUGCAGCGGCUGGUGAGCCGGCAGAGCGGCACCAUCGAGGAGCUGGAGAAGUCGCUGCUGGCCACCAGCGCCAACACCAGUUUGCUCCAGCGCCAGCAGGUCCAGCUGCUGGAGUCGGUGCAGAGCCUGGUGCGCCUCGUCUCCCAGGGCAGAGCCCCGCUGCCCGGGCAGGAGCAGCUUUUCCAGGACUGUGCCGAGGUGCAGCGGGCCGGCAUCCACGCCAGCGGCGUCUACACCCUCCGCAUCGCCAACCUCAGCGAGCCCAAAAAGGCGUACUGCGACAUGGAGACGGAGCGGGGGGGCUGGACCGUCAUCCAGCUCCGCGUCAACGGCAGCCUCAGCUUCCAGAGGAGCUGGAGGGAGUACAAACAGGGCUUUGGGGACGCGGCGGGUGAGUACUGGCUGGGUAACGAGGCCGUGCACCUCCUGACGAGCCAGGCACCCUACGCCCUGCGCGUCGAGCUGCGGGACUGGGAGGGCGGCCAGGUCUAUGCCCACUACGGGAAAUUCCAGCUGGGGAGCGAGCGGCAGCUUUACAGGCUCUCGCUGCAGGACUACAGCGGCACGGCCGGGCAGCAGAGCGGCAUGGCGCUGCAGGGCACCCGCUUCAGCACCCGCGACGCCGACAACGACAACUGCCUCUGCAAGUGCGCCCAGAUGCUGUCGGGAGGCUGGUGGUUCGAUGCCUGCGGCCUCUCCAACCUCAACGGCAUCUACUACCCGGCGCGGCACAACAUCCGCAAGCUCAACGGCAUCCGCUGGCACCAUUUCCAGGGGCCCAGCUACUCCCUGAAGGGCACCCGCAUGCUGAUACGACCCACCGGCUUCUAGCACGCCGGCAACCAGGGCCGUGCCGCAACUGGUACCAGCCCGGCACGGCGGGAAGGGUCCGGGAGAAGGGGUGGUUGGUGGAGACUGAGCAGGGAAGCUUUUCCCCCCCU